AUUCAAAGUUUUUGACAUUUUAGUGAAAGACCACCAAAUUUAAUAAUUUUAUUUUUGUCUUGCCCUCAAACCUCAAAAUGGACUGUGCCUCUUGCGGACCCGUCCCCACCUCAGCCCCCAUGGAGACAAGCCCUUGUCCGAUGCCAUGUACUGUGCCGGUAAUAGCUGACAGUUUACCGAAGUACAGGGUGAACCCGUGCGAUCCAAAUGUAAGAAAUAGGGACCCUUGUCAACCACCCUGCGAGAAUGUCUGUGUACCAGUGGUGGUCCCUGGGAUGCCCCCAGUCCCUGAAAAGCCCCGAAAAAAAUGCAAGUACAUCCAGCCCGCAAAACCGAAGUCCUAUGCUCCCAUGAGGAAAUUUAUUCCACCAGAAAUGAAGAUGGAGGAUAACACCAUCUACAGAAAAUCAUAUCUGCCUGUGGAGGCCGAUAGACCCUCCAUGGUAAUACCAACGGGUAAUCUAUGUGUAGGUGAUGGUAAAAUAUCGCAGGAUACCAUUAAUAAGAUGUCUUAUUUACCACACAAAGUCCAACCACCUUGUCCUUUCUAUCCUUGUGAACACAAGUUAAUCGGUGAAGGUCCAAUGCAAGAUAUUACCACAGUUAAACAUGACUACGUCCCUAAACCAUUUUGUAAAUCAGGUCUUAUCAUCCCAGAUGGUAAUUUGUUUACAUCAGACUGCCCACUAAGUGAUAAAACAGUCAAUCGCCUAUCAUACAUGCCGGUUAGAAGCGAACGUUUAAAACCCGUCGUACCAAUGGACGCUAUCGAAAAACCAACAGGAAAAAUAUCAGACAGGACCAUCCACAAGAUGUCGUUCCUACCCUGGGAACCAGGCGCGAAGGAAGAUAUGCCAUGGGCGGAAAAACCCAAGUAUGUACCACCGAAGCUUCGCAUGGAGGAUAACACCGUACAAAAAAUGAGUUACAUGGCACCAGGGACUUAUAUUGAAUGCGAUGCCAAUGAUCCUGACUGUGUUGACUGUCCUUUCGAUGCCCCGAGAUGUGCAGGACCGCAAUGUUGCCAACCCUGUUGUUGCCCGAGAGCAGCCUGUUAGUUCAAAAAUUUAACAAAAUUUACGUAGAGAUUUAUCAUAAUAGCUUUACAAAAGUAAUUUACAUUAUGUAUACAAUCAGAUUAUAUACCUU